AUGCCUCAUAUAUUAACUCCACUACAAAAGAAGGUAGUGGGGUACCCCUAUAGGCCUGAUAGUCUUCUAAAGGUUAUUGCAGGUCCAGGAUCAGGAAAGACAGAGAUUUUACUAAGAAGGGUACAUCAUCUAAUAAGUGAGGGUCAUUUAAAAGCGGAUGAAAUACUAAUUCUUUCAUUGACAAAUAAAGCAGUAGAUAACGUGAUAGAUAAAUUAAAAAAGAAUGUCCAGGAAUUAAAUGAUCAAGUAAAAUAUUCAUCUGAAGAAUUAGAUAGCCUUAUAGAUAAGUUACAUAUACAUACAAUUCAUAGUAUUGCGAAUAAAAUAGUUGUUGAACAAGAUGGUAUUGUCAAUAUUUUGGAAGAAAAUGGGUGGCGUGGAUUAAUGAAAUUGAUAUCGACUGGUUCAUCUCCCACUGGCACCGCAUCGUAUGAAACAAACCUAAAAAAGUUUCAGCAACUAUUCAAAAAUAUUUAUUAUUCUACUGAUAAAGUAGCACCUAAAAAAUUCGAGCAAAUUUCCAGUAUCAUGAAGAGGUAUAAAGUUAUGACCAAUGACGAGAUGAUUAUACGAGCAGCAAGAUAUUUAGAAACGUAUCAAAAUAAAAGUAAAAAUUUGGAAGAUGGCUGUGAACCCCAAGAGGUAGAUUCAACAAUUGUAGAUAUAAAAAGUAAAAUAAAGGUCAUAUUUAUUGAUGAAUAUCAAGACCUUUAUCCCAGCUUAUUGCCUUUAAUUAAACAAAUUACAAUUGGAAAGCAAUUAGCUCUGUUUGGAGAUCCCAACCAGAGUAUAUAUCAAUUUUUGGGGGAUAAUGUAUCAUUUCUUAAAUCUUUAGAGAAUGAGUAUAAGAAAAGGAAAUCAGAUAUUAAAACUUUAUAUAUGUAUGAUAAUUUCAGAAAUACUCCAGAAAUCAUUUCACAGGUGGUAGAAAUAAUGGGGCCUAACUUGGUGCAUUAUAAAGCUGAAAGAGAAGCUCAAAAUAUCACAUUAAAAUCAUCUUCAAAUUUAAAGCCAAUUAUAAUGAAUUUUCCCAAUAGCAAUGCUACUUGUGAAUUUAUGAUUGAUCAAAUCAUUCAAGCAGUAACGUCAUCUGCUCAAUUAUCUGAUAUUGCAAUUCUUGCAAGAACUAAUUCAGAAAUUCAAUUCAUUGCCAACAUUCUUGACAAAUAUCAAAUCGAAUAUCAAAAAUUGACAGCUCAACCAACUUGGUUAAGUGAUCCUAGAAUUCAAUUUUUAAUUGAUUUAUGGAAAGUAAUUUACUUAGUAUCUAAAGAAAAAUAUUCUGAUUCAGAGAUUUCGAAUGAAGAAAUUCAAAAUAUUCAAAGUGAUUUUAGUAUUAUAGUUACACUGGGUGCCUUACAAGGUAUUCGUAGUACAUUUAUUAAUAAAUUAUAUGCAGAAUGUAAAGAAUUCAAUUGUUCUAUAUGGAAUUAUAUUACCAGUGAAACAAAGUCCAAACGACUUACUAAAAUUACUACACAUAAAACUGUAAAACAAUUUAUUGAUGAAUUAUCUCCAUAUAUUAAUAAUAAAGAAUAUUUAUAUGAGGAUAAUCCUAUAAAAUUAUUAAAGAACGUCUGUGAUAUUGCAUUUAAUUUACCUUACACACAUCUCCAAUUUAAAGAUGACGUUGAUCGUAUGUCUUUUAAAAAUCACUUAGAAGAUUUAUUUCGAACAAUGAAAGCAUGUAUGAUGGAUCGACCAGAAGAUGUACCAUUGUUGGAAUGGUUUAUUGAAACAUAUUUUGAAUAUAGUAUAUUUCUUCAUAAUGAAUCAAAUUCUGGCUAUUCGAAUUCAAGAUUAACUCCAUCAUCUGCUUGCAUCAAACUAUCUACUAUUCAUUCUUCCAAGGGUUUAGAAUUUCCAAUUGUAUUUAUAUUCGAAAAUAUAUUUCAAUCGUUUCCAAUAGAAAAUUCUGUAUUAUAUGUAGCAAUGACAAGAGCUAAGAAUAUUUUGUAUAUGUUUAAUGUUAAUCAUCCUAAUAUUAAAUCUAAUUUUAAGUAUCCUUCAGUAUUCCCCUUGGCCAAGAAAAAAGAAUUUUGGAAUUAUUAUAAUACAACUCUUGGUAGAAAAUUGACUACGCCUAACAUUGAGAAAUAUUUAUUAUUAAUGCAGAAAUACCAAGUUAUCAGAAAUCACCAAAAAAGAUGGUUUGGCACCACUAGGAUAAUGCCAAGUCUCCUUCGAGGCUUAAAGAGGGUACCUAAAUAA